AAGCUAAAAGAUGAACUAAAUGGUUUACGAGCUAAUUGUAAAGGAGAAAUAGAAUGUUACCAAAAAAUUAUAAGUGCAAGGGAUCCAACUGGAAAAAAUAAUGUACCUAGUAUUUGCAAUAGUCAUAUUCAAGAUCUUGAUGAUAAUACAUUUUUCUUAUUUAAAAAAUUCGAAAAUCUAUAUAAUAGCAUAUAUGAUAUAUUAAACGAAUAUAAAGGGUGUCCAUAUGAUAGCAAAUGUUUUAUGAUAUAUAAAGAACUUUGUGAAAAAUGUAAAAAUGAUAAUAAUGAUAGAUUACGCAUAUUAUUGAAAAAAUUUAAGGAUGAACAUUUGAAAAAUGUA